AGAGAGAGAGAGAGAGAGAGAGAGAAGGAGAGAGAGAGAGAGAGAGAGAGAGAGAGAGAGAGAGGGGAAGGUGGAGAGGGGCCCCCGAGCAGGAAGGAGGGCUGCAGGGAAAAGUUGAAAAAGUGCGAGAGAGGGGUCAAAGAAAAGAAAGAGAAGGCAAAGAGAAAAACAAGUAGAGGAGAGAAAAGGAGAAACAAAAGGGCAGGAAGAGGGGGAGGGAAGUCUAAGGUAAGGGGGAAAAAAAGGAGCUGUAGAAAGUUUUUCUGCUGGUGAGUGCUAGAUGAAGAAAACAGCUUGAGUGAAUGGCUAGGUUGGAGAGCUGGGAGGGGAGGAGGAAACCAGUUGUUUUCUAAGGCGUUUUCCACUGCGACCCUGGGACUGUUUCUGACAUGUUCUCUGACUCCACGCGGACGGGACACUACAGGUUCCAGCAUCAGAACGUCCUGUGCCACUGUGGCCACUGUGCCCAGUAUGGGUCCCCUUACCCUGGUGUGCUGGGCUACCCCCGAACCCCGCCGAAACAAGCUCUGGACCACCCAUCACUGGACCGUCGGACAGACAAACACUCCCUCUUCCUGAAUGAGGUGGAAGGGGGGGACUUUGGCCUGGAGAGGGAGGGAAGAGAUGGUCAUCGCAGCCCACAGAGGAGACCUGUGUUCACAGGGCCGGGUCCGCACAGCCAAAUGGACAAUUUUAGCCAAAGCUGCUCCUGGGAUUUCCACCCGACCCAGUGCAACUACCCAGCGGUCCGAAACCAGGGGGAGAGACACUAUUUGCCUGUGCGGGGAGAACAGUGUGGCGGUUGUGUCAUCUGUGGCGAUGCAGGGAUGCUGCCCUUCAACGCCAGGCAUGCCCCGCAGCUGCCCCUCCCACCAGUCCAGUUCAAAGGUCAGCUGAGGCCGAGGCCUGUGAACUACAGGCCUGAACCUGAGCACCGCUGGGGGUGUGGUGGUUGUGAACACUAUCCUUCAGACACGCGUGUACCCGAGCACUUCCACUCCCCUCCUGCCGUGACAAAUGGACACUGCGUGCCGAGACCCCUGUUCACCCGGGCAGGGGAGACCAGAGAUAGCCAUCUAGACUGGAGCAAACUGAGGGGAGGAUCAAAGGGAAGCUGCAGCCGACAUCAAGCUUCUCACAAGUCUUUCUUCUCCACUGAGGUUCCUCAGAGGGACCCACACCAUCUCCUGAGAAGGCCCAGACUCCUCCCUCCCUGCAGCCCGGGCAUAGUUCACGCUGGAGACCCCGAGAGGAAGGACCUGGUGACGCCCCAGGGGUCCGACCCAGAGAGGCCGAAGGGGGGGCCGGGGGGUUCUGUCCGGGACCAGAUCCGACAAGUGGUUAGGGACUUGGAGGGGGUUUUGGGGGGUCUGAAGCAAGUCCAUGUUGAAAUGAAGGAGGUGGUCCAACAAAUUGACCGUCUGACAGCUAACAUUGACCUCAGCAAGGAGAGUCCUAGUCCCAGUUUAACUGAAGACACCCGCCACCCAGGGGCCUUGGGUGACAUUCAAGUUUACAACCACAAGACCAAUGGAGCACUACCACCGAAAUCACAGCGAGACACAGCGGACACGAUCAUUCUACAGACUAACUCCCCGUCCCCCGUUUACAUGGCAUCAGUGGUGAAAACCAACCGCGUCAUGCCGCCAAGCCCCCAAAAAGACCCUCAUCCUGACCAACGUGGCGUCAACGGGCACCUGCCUCUCCCGUGCCCACUCCGAGACACCAACCAUGUGACCCAGCUGGACCCGACCCCACCUCCCCGUACUCUAGACCCCACCGUCAUAGUGGGGAACAGUACUUCCCUAUCAAGGAGUCAGAAACCCCCCCCUUACCCCCACAAUGGACGUGUGGAGAAGGCUAGCAAGGGGCUGGCCCCACCUCCACCCACCCUCCUCAGAACUCCCCCAUAUCCUGCUGGGAAACGCAGGCAGAGCUCCAGUAUGGUGUAAGAAAAUGGGGGGGGGGGAGCAGGAAACUUGAGGCCCAGGGCCUGAAACACGAGACGGAGAGACUCCGAGGUGGUCUCAGAGGGACCAGGCGGGAAAUAAAUUGUGGAGUUGCCGCAACAGAAAUAACAUGUCAGGGUGGAGACGGAGCCUGGCCUGGCCUGAAGAUGGGGGUAUUUCCAAAGGAAAACUCUCCACAAAGUUGAGUGAAUCUACAUUUCAUGCAGGAUGUAUAGACCAGGGCAGAAAACAGUAAACCUCAAGGAAAUAUAGAGUGAACACUUAAAGAGUGUGCAGUGAGCAUCUGAAAAGUAUGCAGUGAGCAUCUGAAAAGAAUGCAGUGAACACCUUAAGAAUAUGCAGUGAUCAUCUGAGAUGUGUACAGUGAGCACUUCAGUGUUAACCCAGCCACUCUUCAGCCUCUAAGCUUUAUGGUGGGAGACUUGCCAAAGACAAAUGGAAAAAGAACUGGGUGUUGGUGGAAAUGGAUUGCACUAUGAUUAAGAUGUGCACUUGUAUGUGGACGUGUCUGUCAUUUUCUAAUACCAAAUACAAAAUGAUAAGUGAUCAUUUUGAAAAUGUUGAGUUUAUUAUGACAGAGUGGAACAGAGCAUCUUAUAAUAAACAUGACUGAUGAUCUAAUUUGACUUUUUCAAAUGCU